AUGAUUUCAACGCAAGGCAGUUCGCAAAGCUUUCGAAUCGCUCAGCAAGAGAGAGCGUCCGGCAGGUUCCGCCGCAUAGGACAAGGCUUUUGCGGCUCUGUUUGGGCCGCGGAAAAUGGUACGGUAGCCAUGAAAAGAGAGGAUGGCGGACCUGGCCGCUCUCUCGCCAAUGACUUCAAGAUGCAUCAAUUGGUUCUCGAGAUGGCCUUGAUAAUGAAUACUGAGGUGUGUGUACCACGGUGGCCUAUGUUCUUUAGCCAUGAUCAUAGCUGGUGGGAUUUUCAACUCAGUCGAUUCCCACCGCUCUACACUCCCUGCAACGUUCUCUGUUCGGAACGCAUACCACCACUAUCAUCAGAGAUAAGGAACCGCAUUAUUGACAGAUUCUGUCCAUCUGCGUCAAUAGCUAUUAUCAAGGGCAACGAUGCCGAUCGAGAUUGUUUGGUCCGUCUAUACCUUGGCAGACGAAAAAUUCAGAACGAAGCACGUAGAGGUCCGACUUUCUUCUCCCUACGUAAUUACCCUCUGCACCUCAACCAAGCAGAGGACCUUGGGCUUCCCAUACAUCUAUAUGCCCAAGAAAUGGCAGAGAUGCUCGCCAUAAUGCACUGGGCAGCUAAAAUCGACGCCAACGAUGUCGAAUUCGUCCUGGGCGGCGUCCGAAUGCCUACCGACAAGACGUGUCGCCAAUACGAACACAGCUUUCUGGGCACACAUUCGCUAUGGAUCCUCGACUUCGACUGCUGUAAGCCCAUCAGCCUGGAUGACAGCGGUAUCGAGCAGGCGGCGAGGGCUUUUUUGCGAAACGACCCUUAUUUCCCACGUCCGACACAGAAAGAACAUCCCUCGGACCAUACUCUCUGGGCGGAAUUCUCAUCUUACUAUCUCGAACAAAGCCGCAGGGUCAUUGCCGUUUUCAAUGAUUGUCCCCUCGACAUGCCGAACAGGUUCAUCGCCAGGGUCAUUCAGCUGCACCAAAAAGGCACACGGCCAUGA